UGGUUCAGUGCUGAUUCUGAUUUGGGAAAAUGAAGAACGAACUGGUGUGUUUAAAGUUUGUUCCUUCUUCUGUCUUCUGGUUUUAUUUCAGUUUGAAGAUCCUAGAAAGGCACCUUGGAGAGGUCACCAUGAGGCCUGACCCUGACACCCUCCAUACUGAAGGAAAUCCCUCAACUGAUCCUUCAAGGUCACAACAUUCUGAUCAUCUUUUCCAAAGUAAUAAACAAACUGUUUCUUCAGCUUCCACCCAAUGUGGGAAGCUUGAAGACUCUGUUUCAGCUGCGUCCAGCCCUAAAGUCCUCUCCACAAGUCUGGUUUCUUCAUUGGAAAAUCAAAAAGCACCUUUGAUCAUGGAUAAAGAUACAUUCUUGGCCAUCAAAGCAGCAAUUUUCCAGUACAGACUUAACAAGGCCGACAGGAAAACAAAGGGUCACGGUGUUUUCUCCGGGAAUAACCCUUUUAAAAAGCUUGAUGUUGAGGAAGUUGGGACGGAAAAAGAAACGCAACGCUCAAUUGAGUCUCAUGAUACUAAACCGACCACAUCCCUGACAGACUCUGAGGUCUUUGUUUCUUCAUUUCCGUCUAACUUUUCUAAGCCCACUGAAGAACCUCUAAAGAGGACUUCAACCACAGGGCCUCCAAGACUCAGACUAUCAGACUCAUUUGAGACAGGACAGAGUCAACUCUUAGACAAAGUUGUGACUAGUAACAGCUGCCUGAAUCUCUACUUUGAAAAGCACCCGGAGAUAUCUUCCCAAGAAGGAGAUCAUGUGAUCAAGCACCAACCAAUCACAGAUCAAAAUCAUGGAUCUACAGUAAAGCAACAAUGUAAAGAUGUUGAUGUUCAACAAACACCUAUUGACGUAUGUGCAGUUAAAGACACAGGAAACAAGGAAGUUCACGAAGUAGAUUGUCUUCAACUGGUUUCAAGGAACACAAGAAAUGAAGUGAGGACAAUUGAAGAUAGAAGUGAGGGGUUCCGUGGCAGAGGGACCAAAUUGGAACCAUACAAGACCUUCAGAAACAUCAGAAAACAGUGGGACCAAAUCCAAAAGGACAAAGAUUCCUUUAAGAUAUCUGAUUCAGUCCAGGUAACAGACGCUGAUGACCAAACUGUAAUGUCUAAAGAAAGGACGAACCUCAUAGACAACAAGGAUUCUUUCGGUAAGAUCUUUAAUUGUGAUAUCAGACACCCCCCCAAAAAGAAGUACAAAUCUUCUGAGACACAAGGCAGGACACUUAAAACAGGUGAAAGCCCAGGAGAGACAGUAGAGGUUUCUCAGGAGAGCCAGAAGAACAAAGAAACCUGUGAGGAGUUGUCAUGUCAAAUAAUGGAUUCUGGUGAAGAGGAAAAGGUUCAGUCCACUUCUGAAAGAUUUGUUAGUGAAGAAGGAAAGACUAAGAAACCAAUUGAAAGACUUGGUGGUGACAACAAGGCUUCUUCAGAAGUCGAUGUUUCAGUGAGAGGUGUAAACGAGAACAUCAUCAGUACAGAUUAUCAGUCCACGGUAGAAAGAAAAGAAGGACCAAAACAGCAGUGUACAAAACUGAAGAAAGAUGGACAAGAUUCCCCUGAGAUAGAGUUGGAUGGAAAUGAGAUGUCUUCUUAUUUUCCUGAUUCUCUGGGUAAUAAGGGGACAAUAGAUUACCAGCUAAGAGAGGACGACACAGGAAUCCUCAAAGAAAAUACAUGUUUUAAUCAUUUUGUAGAAUAUUUGGAAGAGCAACAAGAUGAAGAUCAGGAAGCACCACUGAGGGCACAUGUUUUCAGCAGAGAAACCAACGAAACAAGUCAAGAAGACUGGAAUUUGAUGACACUGAGUGAAAGGGAAAAAACCUCAGUAUCUACUGGAGUCAAUCACAAGGGAGUCAAAGGUGCAGACAUAUUUAUGAAAAGAAGGACCGAGGCAGUUGGACCUCAGACAAAGAGAUCUUUUCUGGAUACUUGUAUGAACAUGCCUCCAUUCAAUCCCAGCAUGCGCCUGGGUCAGGAGUUCAUUGUUCCCAAAUGUGGAUAUGUCUGUAACCUCUGCUGUGUUUUCUACCUGGAUGAAAAAAGGGCUAAAGAUCUGCACUGCAGCGGUCUCAGACACCAUGACAACCUGCAGGUACCGCACCUGCAAGUCAAAUCAAACACAAGCAACAAAAACAAUAAAAAGAACUGCUGUUUUUGUGACAUUCACUUUCUUGUCCUUCUUUUUAGAAGUACUACCAGAACAAUGUGUGUGCAGAACAUCAGGACACCCAUCUCCACACUCUCCAAAAUUCAACCACUGACCUGCCUUUUUAAAAUCAGGAUUUGAAAAGAAGAUAAUGAAAGUAAAAUAAAUCGUAUUUGAAAUAUUAUUAUUUUAAAUAUCAUUAAUAAUGUAAGCAGCGUUUUGUUAAAGCAUGGUAACAUGUUUGGUCUAAUUUCUUUUUACAUUUAACGUAUUUUAAUGUUGUUGUCACUGCAGUUUUUUUUUACUAUUUUGUAACA